CACCCUUCAGGGUAGCGCAGGGAUGAAACAGUGGAUGAAAGUACUUAAAAAUCAUCAUAACAACCGGAAUUAAGAUAAGCAAUGGACUUCACAGAAUCAGUGGUCGUAAUUUAGCUACCCCUCACCAAAGAAGCGUUUUGAAAAUGCAAACCUCCCCGAAUGGCUUUGUUCACUCAUGUGGAUUUAUGCCCUUCCGUCAGUGGUAGAACCAACUCGUUUCACUGUUUCACUUUGUCCUCUAAAGGAAGACUUCAGGAUGAAACGGACAGUCUUGCUCUUAAAAUACUUCUUGGUGAAAGUUCUGGUGCUGCUGUGCUGCGCGGACGGGGAAGCGCAGCAGCAACUCGAGGGCUUUAUAAUGCUCUCAGGAUCCAACGGGUCCCGGGAUGAGGAGAGUGGCGUUUCCGAACCUCCACACACAGAGGACAAAUGUCGGGGUUACUACGAUGUCAUGGGACAGUGGGACCCGCCGUUCAUUUGCCAAACUGGCAAUUAUUUGUAUUGUUGCGGCACUUGUGGCUUCCGAUUUUGCUGCGCUUAUAAAAACUCUCGUUUGGAUCAGAGCACUUGUAAAAAUUACGAUACGCCAGUAUGGUUAACGGGACAGACACCAUAUAAGAAAAAUGACCCAAGACAUGAUCCAACCAAGGAUAAAACAAACAUGAUUGUUUAUGUAAUAUGCGGAGUUGUGGCGAUCAUGGCACUAGUCGGGAUAUUUACGAAACUUGGACUAGAAAAGGCGCACAGACCUCACAGAGAAAGUAUGUCUCGAGCGGUGGCAAGCGUGAUGCAAGGUGCCCGUCAGGCUCAACACGAGGAGGCCAUCGGAAUGCACACACAGCACUAUGACACCGUGCAGGGGAGAGCAACCAACAUGCAAGGCGGCCAAAUAAACAACAUGAUGCAAACCCACCCGUAUCCAGCUCUCAGCCAGCUGUCCCAUGUCUAUGAACAACAGGAUCCAGGAAAAGAGUUCAACAAAUAUGCGUCGCUGAAGGCUGUGGCUGCCAAAGCAAACGGAGAAUUCCUCAACAAGCAACACCGUCACCUGGUCGAGAUGGCGGCUAAGGGAAGUCUGCCCCUACAUCCGGUGAGAAUGGAGCAUGUUGAGCCCACAGCCUCUUACGUCACCGAGGUCCCGUGCCUGAAACAAAAUGGACAGAAGCCCAAAAGCAGUAAACCCAUUGUGCCCCAUCCUGCAAUGGCCUACAGCUCCAACACAAUUGCCAAUCCCGGAAUGCUGAGGAAUUGGGAGGCCACAGAAACAAUGGGUAGGCGCAAAACCUACGGAACUAGGAAGCUGUGCACAGUUCAGCAGGUUCACGAGCUACACACUGCCCGCAGUCAUCAUUACCUACCCACGCAACCCUACUUUGUAACCAACAGUAAGACAGAAGUCACUGUGUGAAAAGCAGAGAGCAAAACGUGAUUAUCAUCAUGACUCUCUGCCCUGCCCCCUAGUGGACCGGAGGCCCCACUGGGUUUAUAUGUCAUGCUACGACUGGCACCAGAGACAACAUCAGCUGACUGUGAGGCCAGGAACAUUUGGAAAUGUUCACUAUUUAUUUACACUGUAACGAUGUUUGUGUUCCGUCGACGACAAGGUAAAGAGCAAAACAGAAUCAAAUUGGCACAAGAAAAUAUAAAACAAGCAAUAAGAUCUAAUAAAGUUACUGUAUGUGGAGAGAAUGGCUAUGGCGAGUUAAGACAUAACAGAAAUAAAACAUUCCACAUUAUCGAUUUCAGAUAUUAAAGGGCUGGCGUGGAGUAUGACAUACAAGGUGAUGAUCUUAUCCAAAAUAAUAAAGAGUGAACGGAUCAGGUGCAGGUAUUGAUUUGAUAACAGAAAGCUUGUUUUUAAAGGGGAUAUAACAGACACUGGAGUGAAACACAAUGAAGUGGGCUGUGCCUUUAACAGUAUAAAGCAACUUACAACUAAAGGCUUGAAAGAUGUUUAAGUCUUGAGACAGAAGAGUGUGCCACGAGGUAGCAUUUUCAUGACACAGGCAACACUGUUAAAAGGACACAGAAGCUUGGUCUUUGAAAGUGAUCUUUGAAAUACAGUAUGUGUUUGGUCUUUUUUGCAAAAAUUUGACAUUGAUUUCUUACAUGUACUCUCAAACGCAUAAGAGCAUGUUGAAAUAUUGUCAAAAUCGUUUCUUAACAUCAGUGUAUCUGCAACUUAGUUGCUGCCACAUUUGUUUUGCGAGGUUUUUGCACUUGUGUGAUACGGAAGCUCCUUUUUUAUUUAUUUAUUAUUUAUUUACCAGACAGAUGAGACUUAUGGUGAGAAACUAUAUGUUUAUAUAUAUUUAUACCUUUGCCAGUAUAUGUAUGCACACUAUACAGUACAUUGUGCCAAGAAGUAGCUGGUUGAAGUCGUUGUGUUCCAUUAUGAUUUAGCUUAUUUUCUGUUUUAUUAACGUGUGUGUGAGAGAAAUCUUGCUGUUGCUUCAUCAUGAUAUAAUGGAGUUAAGCUCUGGUAAUGAAGAUGUACUUUUAAAGCACUGGAAUAAAAUGAGCUUUUUAUUUCCA